GUGGAACAAGUAUGAGCCACUGACAGCGGUGGAGCAAAAUGAAGAGAUAAACAUUAAACUCUUCAAAAUUCGUAGGAACCGCACAGUUGAGAAUUGAGAUAGUUGCAACUCAGCAUGGCACUUGUUCAACCCUCUGCUUCUCUUUCUAUCUCUUUCCGUGAUGCUUCUGUUUUCACUGCACCAAAGUACCCUGCAACCGCUCGCUUUCCUCAUCCGAAUUUGGUUCCACAUCGACCAUCCUUCGUCGCUGGUUCCCCACUGUUGAUUCGAAGAAAUAAUGGAAGGAAAGCUGCAUGCAAAGCAAUGCCUGUUUCAAUAAGAUGUGAGCAAAGUACCCAGGAAGGGAACAGUUUGGAUGUGUGGCUAGGCCGGGCAGCCAUGGUUGGCUUUGCAGUAGCCAUCACUGUUGAAAUUGCUACUGGGAAAGGACUCCUAGAGAACUUUGGACUCACGAGCCCACUGCCUACAGUUGCCCUCGCAGUAACAGCACUUGUGGGUGUCUUGACAGCAGUUUUUAUCUUCCAGUCAGCCUCAAAGAACUGAUCACGUAUUUAGGCUCCAAGUAUUUGCUGUAAAUUCUGAAGCUCGGAGAUUUCAUUCUUUUUUGUAAUAUUUGUUUUGAUGAAAAGAAUUGGCAUUGAAGCCUGAAAAGUCAAAAGUAACAACGCCUUAAAUCAUAUAUGGCCUCAGCUUUUCCCCUUUGCCUUUAUCCAAUACCAAGCUAAAUACUAUUUUUGCGAGUUAUGUUGUGCUUAUUACAUUAGUUGUGAAUUAAGAAAAGGGUUUUCACUUUA